AUGGUGCAUACAAGUCUGGAUAGGAUCAUUGCACUGCAAAAAAAACCUGCCAAUAUUAGAAACCUUUGCAUCUUGGCACAUGUUGACCACGGUAAAACUACUCUUGCGGAUUGCUUAGUGGCAAGCAAUGGUAUCAUAUCAACUCGUCAGGCAGGGAAGCUAAGAUAUCUUGACAGCAGAGAGGACGAGCAGAUCAGAGGAAUUACCAUGAAGUCCAGUGCCAUCUCUCUUCAUUACCAAGAAGGUGAUAGAGAAUACUUACUGAAUUUGAUUGACUCUCCGGGGCACGUUGACUUCUCUUCUGAGGUUUCCACUGCUGUCCGGCUGUGUGAUGGUGCCAUUGUUGUUGUUGAUGCUGUAGAGGGAGUAUGCCCGCAGACUCAAGUCGUGCUGAGGCAGGCAUGGUUGGAGAACAUAAGGCCUGUUCUGGUUAUUAAUAAAAUAGAUCGACUUAUCAUGGAGCUCAAGCUUACCCCUCAGGAAGCUUAUGCCCAUUUGCAAAAGAUCAUGGAACAGGUUAAUGCGGUGACGGGAACCUUGUUCACAUCCAGAGUGAUGGAAGGGCAAGCGGAGAAAACAAAAGAGGAGAAAAGGAAUGAGUCACCAAAUGGAGAUCAAGUCUAUGACUGGAGUGCUGGGCUGGAAGAGGUUGAUGAUUCUCAUCUCUACUUCUCUCCUGACCAAGGGAAUGUGGUCUUUGCAAGUGCUAUUGAUGGGUGGGGCCUGAGCAUCCAACAUUUUGCCCAAAUAUACAGUGAAAAGAUGGGAAUUAAUCCACAGGUACUUCUCAAAACUCUUUGGGGAGAUUUCUAUCUCAAUACAAAAGUUAAGAAGAUCAUGAAAGGAGCUCAGGCCAAAGGCAAGAAACCACUGUUUGUUCAGCUUGUUCUGGAUAACAUUUGGAGUUUAUAUGAAGCUGUCGUUACCCGUAGAGACAAGGAGAAGGUUGAGAAGGUGCUGGCAUCUCUUGGUAUCAAGGUGAUGGCGAGGGAUUUUCGCCACUCUGACCCCAAAGUCCUUCUGUCUGCUAUAUGCAGCCAAUGGUUACCAGUGUCUCAAGCUGUCCUCUCAAUGGUGUGUAACAAGCUUCCUAGUCCAUUGGACAUUACAGCAGAGAGGGUGGAGAAUCUGAUGAGUGUAGGAGUGCGGCGAUUUGACACCUUGCCUGCGAGAACACAAGAACUAAAAAAUGCAUUUCUCCAGUGUUCAAGUGAUGGAGACGCCCCUGUUAUUGUUUUUGUGUCCAAAAUGUUUGUUGUAGACACAAAAGCUUUGCCUCAGAACAAACAAAGACCUUUGACUCAGGCAGAGAUUGCCCAGCGUAGUGAACUGGCAAGGCAAAGGCAUGCUGAAAGGAUGGCAGCAGGACAGAUGGGAACGGUAAAUCAACAAAACCAAUCACUGAAUGCUCCUUCAGAUGUUCAGUCAGGAGGACUCUGCAAAGGCAAAUCCUCACUUUUGACAGAUGAAUUGGACACCCAAGUGGUGAAGGAGGACAAAGCAGGGGAGCAAAACGAGACCUUCAUAGCAUUUGCUCGGGUGUACAGCGGAGUGGUGAGGAAAGGACAACGAAUAUUCAUUCUUGGACCAAAGUACGAUCCUGCCCAGGGUCUGACCAUGCUACCAGAGCAGUGCAGUGCUUCUGACAGUUUGCCAGCGGUGCCUCAUCUGUCCUGUUGUUCCAUUGAAAAUGUUUACCUGCUCAUGGGUCGAGAACUGGAAGAGCUAGAAGAGGUGCCCUCUGGCAAUGUGCUAGGUCUGAAAGGUCUGGAAGAUUUUAUUUUGAAAUCAGCUACUGUGUCUUCCACUCCUGCUUGCCCACCCUUCACCCCACUCAACUUUGAGGCGUCACCCAUUGUACGCGUUGCCGUAGAACCAAAACACCCAGGUGAGAUGCCAAAACUGGUGCAUGGAAUGCGUUUGUUGAACCAAGCAGACCCAUGUGCUGAAGUGCUAAUCCAGGAAACAGGCGAACAUGUUUUGGUCACUGCUGGAGAGGUUCAUCUCCAACGCUGCCUGGAUGACCUCAAGGACAGGUUUGCUAAAAUCGAGAUCAGCGCAUCUAAGCCAAUCAUUCCCUUCCGAGAGACAGUGGUGCGCCCUCCGAAAGUGGACAUGGUGAAUGAAGAGCUUGGCAAGCAGGAAAAAGUGGCUGUCAUUCAUCAGGUUAAAGAGGAAGGCUCUCGUGUUCGUUCUUCAGAGACGCUUCAUGUCGACAGUAGCGGUUUGGUCACCAUCACCACCCCCAGUAAACAUGCCACAGUCAGCGUCCGUGCAAUCCCCUUGCCGCAGGAGGUAACUUGUCUUCUGGAGGACAACUCCGAACUAAUUCGGACUCUAGAACAAGUCAACAUGUCGUUGAGGGAGGGUAGGAAUCUAGACAUUAGUGUGAGAACCUUGGAAGCCAUUGCUGACCUCAAGACCAAACUGGAGAGCAUGCUCCAAGGAAGGAAGUGGAGAAAUGCUGUGCAUCAGAUCUGGGCAUUUGGACCUCGCAGGUGUGGCCCGAACAUUCUACUAAACAAGCUUGUGGAUUAUCAGCGCCCAUCUCUGUGGCAGUGUCUUUGUCGAGAAGAUAAAUCUGGGGGAGAUAGAGCUCAGAUACCAAGUAUACGGGAGUUUGACAAUAGCAUUGUCAGUGGCUUCCAGUUAGCAACGCUGUCUGGGCCGAUGUGUGAAGAGCCUCUAAUGGGGGUCUGCUUCUCCAUUGAGAGAUGGGAUAUACAGCCUCCCAACUUGGCACAGCAAGAUAACAUGGAGAGAAAUGCAAAAUUUCAAGAGGCUUUGGAAGAACGCAGAGCUUUAGAAAGCACUGAUGCAUUGGAGGUCUCUCCCUCUGAGUCAAGCCAAGCUAAGUGUCGGGAAGAGACUUCUGCUGCAGACUGCUACGGACCCGUCUCAGGUCAACUCAUUGCUGCCGUGAAGGAGGCAUGCCGCCACGCGUUCCAAGCUCAGCCCCAAAGACUUAUGGCUGCGAUGUAUACUUGUGAAAUCAUGGCCACUGCAGAGGUUCUGGGCCGAGUAUAUGCUGUGCUUGGGAAGCGAGAGGGCCGCGUUGUCCAUGAAGAAAUGAAGGAAGGAACAGAAAUAUUCAUCAUAAAGGCUGUUCUGCCUGUAGCUGAGAGUUUUGGUUUUGCAGAUGAAAUUCGCAAGAGGACUAGUGGACUAGCCAGUCCACAGAUGGUCUUCAGUCACUGGCAGGUGGUCAGUAGCGAUCCAUACUGGGUUCCCACCACAGAGGAAGAAUAUCUGCACUUUGGAGAAAAGGCAGACUCAACUAACCAGGCACUCAAAUACAUGAACGCCGUCCGCCGCCGAAAGGGCCUUUAUGUGGAGGAGAAGAUAGUUGAACAUGCAGAAAAGCAACGAACCCUAAGCAAGAACAAAUAG